GCGGCAGUGGCGGUCACCACGCGGCAGAUUACACAGAUUACAACCGAUUACAUUUGUACUCCGCCGCCGACAGUCGUUUCUUUUCUUGGGGCGACCGCUGCACUCCCACCUCUUGUAUCCUCAUCGUCGCGCGACCCGAGCUGGAGUACGCGCUCGACCGUCUCGGUAAAUCGUCUAGGUCGCGAGAGGCGGCGCGUCAACGGUGCACAAAGGAACCAAGUGCCUCAGUCGAAAUUCAGGAGCAGAUCUGGCGGAGAUCUCCGCGUAUCGACGACCGCGCUCAAUACCCCUGGACCGCGCGGACGAACGCGUUGAUGGCAGUGACGGGUUUUGUUGACGUUGAAAAUCACUUGACCUCUCCGGGCUACAUCGCGAACAUCGACAUUUGCGAUCUAACAGUGGAACAAACGAAACGUCAAGUGUCACGAAGAAGAGUUUGGAUUUAGAACGAGAGAAGCGCAAUACUGGAAAGUCCUUUAAAAUAUAUAGCGAGACACGCAACGGAUUAGAACAAUCAUUCGCAAUUAUCCAAAACGUACGAUGACAGCGGAAGCUGUUGAUGUAAGAUUCAUCAUCCCUGACACGUCAUCUCUCGCAAAGAGAGUAUUACACGGCGUAGAUUCAAUUCCGCGCGUUUCAUUCAAAUGUUUUUACACGGAUCCGUCAAGCGCUGUCUGAGAGAAAGGACUGUAAAGUAUCGCGAAAAGAAGAUCGCCGCAUGAUAAUAUCGGUUGGGAAUCGGCAAGGAUGCAAAGAGUAUAAAAAGCUAAGAGAGGUGAGAAGAGUUGGGUCAUCAUGUUGAUACCUUAAGAACACUCUUCUGACUCUAAUGGGGGAAUCCGCUCGUGUCGGCUGGGUCAUUCCGCGGCGAUGCGGCGGAUUCCAAGAAUAACGGAGCGCAAAACUUAUUAAGGCGGCGGCUCGCGCCUUGGACAGUCUCUUGGACGUUAGCGGGUUUCGUCCAGGAAUCACGAUGUGACUGAUCGUCACCUGAAAGUGCUCUGCGGCUCGAUCGCGCCUAUUGUCCUUUAACGGAUGUCUGCGAGAGGCCGAUGCAACGACUGUCAGCCGACGCUUUAAGGUGCGACGCUACUUAUUCGGGAUUUCGUUACGAAUCGCGGUGCAACGGACAUUCGGCACACGGUCCAACAUGGAACUGAGGAAGCGACCGAACGAUCUUUAUACUCGCGUCUUCGGAUGACUGUAACUUGGUAGAAUUGAUAAGAAUCGCCGGUUGUGUUUCGAGACUUGUGAGACGCGAGAAUUGGAGAAGCCGAGACACGUUAGGAGUCGGCAUGAGCAACGGCGAAGGUGUGGUAACAGGCCCGGGUUCCGGCAACGAUCGUCUGUGCGAGGACGUCGACAUGGCUACGCCGACUUCGGCGUCUUCGAAUCUGAAGCCGCGGAGCGGCAAGAUCAGCUUCAGCGUCGACGCCCUACUGAGCGGCACGAAGAAGAGUGUCAUCGGCGGCGGCACCUUCGCGGCCAGGCGGGACAACGACGACAGGAUGGACGCCGAAAAGAGUAUCGAAAUGGAAGUGAGGUAUCGGGAGCUACUGAUGGAGCAGCAGAGACUCCAGAGCAGAGAGCUACUCGCCAGGUUGAGCCCUCACGGUCUCGCCAGCUUCGGAAAUCACCACCACCAUCAUCACCCGAACAGACUCGAGCAGGAUCACCCGCCCGCCCGACAGGAGAUGCUCACGGUGAAGGAUUUCUCCAGGACGAGCCACGACAAGUCGUCCUCCCCUAUCAGAAUAGACCAGGAGGUCCCGAGAGACCGACUGACGACCAAUUCGCCGAGUGGCAUCGGCGAGACGAUGCUCCAACGAGAGCAGGAGCGUAUUCAGGAGGAGGACGAGAGAAUGGACAGGAUCACCAAUCCAAGAUCCGUGUCGCCUGCGAGCAGACGAGAGAUCCUCGACGAUCGUAGCGAUUCCGAGGCGAAUCGCUCGCUGGAAGGAGACCGUACGACGGAUCAUCUGGAUCUCGAGGACCACGAGAUAAGAAGCGUCGGCCAGUCCGAGGAUCUAAACGUGAUGGACUCGGACUGCGAGCUGGAGAGGGACUUGGAGACCAGCCAGGAGAAGGAGGAGAAGUCCAGCCCGGUAGUGCCUCAGCCGAUUCAUCCCGGAGUGCAAAGGCCCUCGCAGGGCCCACCGUAUCUCGCCGGAGCACCCGGCGCUCCCGGCUGGAACCCCGCGGGAUUUCCGCAUUCUCUGGCGGGGUUCGCGUGGCUGCCCCCACCCCCGCAUCCGCACAAUCCUCAUGGACAUCUUUACACGCCGCACGGUGGACCGACCAGUCCGAACGGGGACUUGAGACUGCCGGGGCCCGGACCAGGCCCGGUCAGAUGCACCCUCAGAAAGCACAAACCGAACCGGAAGCCGAGAACACCGUUCACGACGCAGCAGCUGUUGUCGCUCGAGAAAAAGUUCCGCGAGAAGCAGUACCUAACGAUAGCCGAGAGAGCAGAGUUCUCGUCGUCUCUGCACCUCACGGAAACGCAGGUGAAGAUCUGGUUUCAAAACCGAAGAGCCAAGGCGAAGCGGCUCCAGGAGGCGGAAAUAGAGAAGUUAAGACUAUCCGCGAGGCCCUUGCUGCACCCCAGCUUCGGAUCGGGGCUAAUGUUCUCCGGGGUGGGCCCGCCUGGUGCCCCAGGAGUACCUCCCUUCAUUGCAGCUGCUAUGGCUAGGCACACCCAUGCCGCGGCAGCAGCGGCCAUGUUCAUGGGGCCGCCUGGGCACCGACCUUAAUAAUGAUAUGCCAAGAUAUAAUACGCGUGUAAUUCGAAGUCAUUUUUGAUGUCCGAAGAACCCAACCUGCUCGCACAAAUUGGGGAUCCGACGAAUGCGGAGUGUCAGAGUCCCAUGAGUUGCCAGGGAUCUUUCGUAGAAACAUAAGCCUGCACGUGUUUAUUCAAGAACCCCCGAGGGAGAAUGCAAACUCCGGGAGUUUAACAAUCUGGAGAACCAUCUGAGAAUUACGAACUGGAGAAAGCAGGGGAUUGGCCAGUCGAAAAAAUCUAAGAACUCGGAAAUGUAAAGGGAUCGGAAAUUCACAAAUUAAAGAUUCAAGAGAGCAAAGGGUAAACAAUUUGAGAGUUGAAGAUUCCGAGAACUCGAGCGAAAUCGGAAGACCAAAAGUAGUUUGUAAUCAGUGAUGGAUCCGCAAAAUGGAUUUACGCGAUCCCUCCUUCACGCGGGGAAGAAAAACUGCCUGGAAGUUCUGCGGCCGCUCUUAUUUAUCAGUCCCGCCCGACUUUAAUUAUCCAAUCUCCUAUCGAUACCGUGGCUAUUGGGAUCCACCGCUUAACAUUGGAAGUCGAAAUGGGUUAGGAGUGCGGCGGCCGUGCAGCGGCGAUACUCACGCGUUAAUCCGGACAGCUUAUCUCCAGAGGGGUACGGAUAAUCAUGGAUUUCACUACGUGAGGUCCGAAGCUAUCGUUCGGGAGACCCGUAACUCGAAGAAACAUCGUCGCGCAAUUUUCUCGGGGACGACGGAAUACACGUAUACAUCGGCGCCUCUCGGGGCGCGCGAAACUUUGAUCUCAAGAAAAAGCACGAGUGUACAUAGUGUAAAUAGAUACGCGUUCGUACGGUAACUAUGGGUGUACGUAUGUAUAUACACACGUGUACAGGACGCUUCGGUUACACCCUCAAGAGGAGGCAUCGCGAGGGACGAGCGUUCAAAAGUUCGUUUAGCGAUUUGGACCGCGCUGGACCUAGCAAACGUUCGUCCGCGGGUGUGUUUUUAACAUGGACCGGUGAGUGGAUCGGGAGAGUGCAGCGACGUGAAUGUGCGAGGUACGUUUAAACAAUUCCGAGUCUGAGAGCAUCGCGAGAGAAAGUGUUGACGUCGCCAAAUGCAACAGUCGUUUCCCUGAGCGUAUUAUCAAUUCCUCGUACUGACUUUAUUCGUUUAUAUCGGACGUUCAUUUUCAAAAGAGAUCCAGUCGCGAAAUUUUACCCACAUUUUCGAAAGCUGCAUCAGAAAUAGUCGGUGACACAAGUAAAGGGCGAAUUCUCCAUCGGCAAAUACACAGCUCGUAGCUCACCUAAUCUCGGUGUCUUUCAGACUUGUUGAAUAUUUUCUUUUCUACUCAAGAAAACGCGGCAAGUGCGUGUAAAUUACGUAUCAGCUUGUGUUGAUUGUGAAUCGAGGGGGACGGAGUCGCUCAUAGACAGUAAAAGCUAACGUUACGAAUGCGGCGUGGUUCUAGACGUACCUAUGCGCCUUGUAUAAAUGUAAGAUGAUAAUUUAUCCAUGGAAGUAUAUUAUAGCAAAAUAAAAGAUUUCAGUAUUUAUGUUUUUCCCGUCGAUCUUUCAAUCCUCGGUGAAACACGUAACGAAGCU